CAAUUGACUGAUGAAAAAGCCAAACAAACGUAUUUUGAACGUUUGCUCAAAAUAAAAUACACAAAAUAUAUCCGUUUUCAUCGACAAUUCCUGAUUAGAUUUUCUUGUAAUAUUGUUAAAAUAUUAAUUAUUAGAUAUCAAAAUGUCUAUUGGUGUACCUAUUAAAGUUCUCCAUGAAGCAGAAGGUCAUGUAAUAACCUGCGAAACAAUUACCGGCGAAGUAUACAGAGGGAAACUGAUAGAAGCCGAAGAUAAUAUGAAUUGCCAAAUGACUCAAAUUACUGUAACUUACAGAGAUGGAAGAGUCGCUCAAUUGGAAAAUGUUUAUAUUAGAGGAUCGAAAAUUAGAUUCCUGGUAUUGCCAGAUAUGUUGAAAAAUGCUCCUAUGUUCAAAAAACAAACUAAAGCGGGAACGGCAGGCCGAGGAAAAUCUGCUAUACUGCGAGCCCAAGCUCGGGGGAGAGGUAGGGGGCAACAACAACCGAUGCGAGGUAGAGGUAAUUGGCAACAGAACCAACAACAAGCACCUGCAGGAAGGGGAAGAUAAGAGCUGUGUUAUAAAAAGACUGUUAUGGACAGUUAUUGUAUAUAGUUUUGUGGGUGUUCUUUAAAUUUGAAUAUUAGUUUGGUUUUGAUACAGGUUGUAUAGUUUCAUGAUUUAUUAUUUAUUGAUUAUACAAGCAGUUUGUUUGUAGCCUGCCUUGUUGGUGACUAUUUGACAGUUUGGUAAUUGUUGAAUAAGAGGGUAGGCCUUAAAAAUGCUAAAUUUUUUAUGGACUUAGUCUAAAAAGUGAAAAGUCUCAAAUUUUCCGCUUUUCUUUGGGGGGAAAUAGCAAAAGUGUCAAAAAUAAAGAUAUAAGUACUUAAAAAAUCAAAAAGUUAUGUGAAAAGGAUACAAAAGUAUCUUAAUAAAAAACCUAAUAAAUAUCACUGAUACAAUUAAAUUAUGCAAGAAUACCUAUCAGUUAAAAUAAUUAAGCUUUUUAACUCGUUCGGUCCAUAUUGCUGUCUUGGUCAAUAUGACUGAGAAAGUAGCUUUCCCGCAGGCCAGCUCGACCCACAGACCAAUUUUUUUUUUCAUUUUCACACUAGAGACACAUUUCCACGAAUUUCUUAAUAUGGGUGACAUAAAUUUCUUCAAUAAGACUUCGUUAUCUGUGGAAAUCUACUUCUGUGCAGCUUGAUCCAAUGAAUGAAAAAUUAUUCCCAUCUGCAAUAUACCACUUAAACUGAACGUAAAAAACCAUACAAAACACUCUGGCAGUGAACAAGUUAAUAUAUAAAAAUAAUGUGGCGGACGUAGCCAAAGUUAAAUUUUCUCUACAUUUAACAUUGUUGACAGUUUUAACCUUUAAAAAAUCUAAAAAUUUAAUGAAAAUCACUUUAAUAAACAGGUGCAUACAAACUUACUAGAUAGGAGGGUUUAAAGACAAAGCAGUGAUAAAGAAUGCAUGCUUUCUCUAUGUCUUUUCAGGAAAUCUUCUUUUGAAGUAAAAUUCCACUAGAUAACCCACAAAAUGGUUUGUCUUACUCCAAACUUGGAAAUGGUGGACUGACGUUCCCUCCAGAGUCUUUCUAUGUUGUUGGUAUGUGUACCUCUCUCAGGAUCGACAAAUUGGUUGGAAUGGUUGACCAUUUGGUGAAUAAGUCCUUCUUGUCCCAAACAAUUAUAGGAUUUCCAACAAUUCUUGCCUACAGUCAGAAAAAUGAAAGAAUACCCAUCAACGAUCACAUCAAUCACUUAUUUUGUAUUUGCUGUCUUUUUCUAUAAAUAACAUACGUUUGUUUUUCGGACAAAACUUUUGUAAGACAAAGCUUACAACUUUUUUAUUUAAAGUUUUUCGCUAGUUCUCGAUGCGGCUGAGAUAAAAAAUAAAAACAUAAAAACCCUAAUUAGGCUCUAGGUGGGUCACAUGACCACCUAGGGGGCUAAAAAUUUCAGAAAGUUAGUUUCACUAUAUAUAAAACUAUGUCACCGCUAAACGGUGACCUAUAUGGAAUUCGAAUCGAGUUGUGGGCACUUUUCAUCAUCUUACCCGGCUAGGCCCUUUAAUUUUUAACUUAAAUUGUGGCUUAUUUCUCAUUACUUGUUGUUUCGUGUAAUAUAAUGGCAGUGACUUUUAAAAAUAAGACAUGAUAUAUUUUAAAUAAAAAUUACAUGAAAAAGGAUGUAUGCCCCCAAUAAAAUACAUUGUACAUUUAUCAAUAAGUGAAGCAGAAUUUAUGGACAUAAAUUUUAUAUCUGUAAACAACCUACCCUUUUAUUCAACUAGUACAUACUGAGAUAGUUUUGAUUCGCUGAAUUCUUUAUUAAUUUUCUUAAUUAUUUUUUUGUGUCAUAAUUUUAGUUUAUAGCCUUCCUGAAUGUAUUAGAAGGGCUAUCUGGAUUAUCUUACCUAAAUUAUAAACCAAAACUAAUGAUUUGAUUGACCCCACCAUAUUUUCUAUGUGACUUUGAUUUUUAAGAUUAUCAGGACGAACAUAGACAAAGAAAACGUAAUGUUUAAGUAUUUAAUGUAAGAGAAAAAUAAACAAUUUUUAUUUA